AUGGACUCCUACGAAACCCCGCGUCCAAAGCGCGGAACCAGUCAGGAAAGAGAAAGCUUGAAAAAGAAAUUGGAGAAGCUGGAAAGCGAGCUCGCAAGAGUCCAAUCAAAGUUGGAACAAACACAGUCGCACUACCACAAGGUGGAGGAAGAUUGCCUCGCGAUGUCGUCCAAAAUGAAGGCGCUGGAGGGACGCAUCAACGGAGAAUUCAAACGUGAGCUCGCGGUCCAGCUACGCGGCACGACCGCUAUGAAGGCCCUCCUCGACACACGCACCGCCGAGCUUCAAGCAGCGCAAGCGUUCCUCGACAGGGUGGACGACGUCGCCGAUAGCGACGUCCUCCGCCUCGUCUCCACACUCAACGCGCGUGUAUACCAAACCGCGGCUUCCAUCUCCGAGGCGUACCAAGUCCGCUGUGGAGUGUCGCAAGACGACGUGGAGGAUGCGUCCGUGAUGGUAUCCCAGAGCGACAUGCUUUCGGAUACCGUCCUCGAGACGUUGCGCUUGACCAGCCGCAAAGGAGACUCCGUCCUCCUCCAAACCGGGAUCGAGAGCAUGCUCGUGACGUGCGCACAUAUCCUCUGCUCGUUUUGGGUCGCGCCAGGAAACCAGAUGGAGCACCUUCACGAGCAGGUAUACAAGAGCAGAGCAGAGACUCAGCCUGUCGCUGGGAGAUGGCGCGCGAUAUAUCGCUCUCACCUCCGCAAUAUCCACCCGCCCGAAGGCGACUUGCAGAGCUUUGUAGAGGGAUUGCUCGUCAACUUGCUCGCGGCCCUCCUCCAUGUGUGCGGCGUCCCAGACGCUGCCGAAGAUCUCUGCGGCGAACUUCAUCGCACGAGCGGAAAGGCGCUUCACGACAUUGUGCAGCUCGCGUUGGAGUUCCGGCGCAUUGUGGGCGAGGCGGUGGUCUCGCGCAACUUCUUAGCGACCAUAGUGCCUUCGGGAGAAUGCUUUGACGAGGUGGAGAUGGAAGAUGAAUGGGCGGAUCCGAAGAAGACUAAAAGGCGUGAGGUCGAAGAUCCGGCAGUGCUUUGCACUACGGGUCUUGGGUUGGUGCGCGAGGUCACUGAAGCCGAUGGACGACAUGUGGCUCUGUUGGUGAAACCGAAGGUUGUCUUGAGCUCGGUUCUUGGGAGUUUGUAA